UGUCCAUUUUUCACACGGAACAAGUUGCCCAACGACCAUGAACGCGACGGACCCUGGUGCGCAGAGCGUGCACGGAGUGAACCCGCAGACGCUGGUGGAGAAGAUCAUGCGUAAUCGCAUCUACGCCAGUAUAUACUGGAAGGAGCAGUGCUUCGGUCUCACGGCUGAGACGUUGGUGGAUAAGGCCGUAGAGCUCCAAGAGUUUGGAGGCACGUUUGGUGGCAACCAGCAGCCCACGCACUUCCUGUGUCUUUUACUUAAAAUGUUGCAGUUGCAGCCCGAGCUGGAGGUCGUGAAGCAGUUUAUCGAGAACGAGGACUACAAGUAUGUGACGGUAUUGGGAGCUGUAUACUUGCGGUUGGUGGGCAAACCUCUGGAAGUUUAUACGCUGCUAGAGCCACUGCUUAGUGACUACCGCAAGAUUCGCAAGCGCAACGUCAUCGGCUGGGAGAUCACACAUGUUGACGAGAUUGCCGACGCUCUCCUUCAUGAAGAAUACUAUAUUGACUUGGCUCUACCUAGAUUGGCGGACAGGGAGCUGCUAGAGAAGAACGAGGGGUUGGCGCCGAGAAGGAGUCCGCUCGAAGACGAACUGGAUGCGGAUAGCGAUAGUAGCAGUAGUGACGAGGAUGAGUAAAUGAAGUUUGGUGACGAUGAUCCAGCAUUAGAUCGAUUUUAUGAAUGUAUUCAAAGUUGAACUUACAGCCCCGAGUUCACCGCCAUGAUCGCCACAGUGGACAAAACAGUGCUACCGGA